GACCAAUUAACCUGGUUACAUCGAAAUAAAUUUUUGGUACCUAGGUACUUUUUUUUUUAAUAUCAUGUCAGUUGUUGACUUGUUGAAUGACAGUGACAUAGGGAAAUCGAAGUACUCUGUGAGGCAAAUUGUAUUUUAGAGUGUUGGUGUUUACUGGCCUACUACACCAAAGUUUUUAGAUUUUUGAAGACGAAGCAAAAUAAUCAAUAAAAUAUUUUUUUGUUUACUGUAUAGUAAAUAUUAACGACUAUAGCAAUAAACCUAGUGACAUACUACAGGAGCAGCUUCAGACGAUGGCAAGCAAGAACUAAGUUCAUACGAGAAAAGGAGACAAAACAAUCAAUAUUUUUUAUUUAUCUGCAUAUGUUUUAAAGCAACUCAUGAACUAGAGUAAGAUUGUAGUACCUUUGUAGGACUUUGCACCAGGUGAUCAUCAGGAGACAAAUCAGGAGAAAUACAACAAUCAUAAACCUAGUAUGAUUUAGUGUUUAAUCCUAUUCUGAUGUUAAUAAAAUAUAUAAUAUAAUAAUAAUUUCUGCGUCGUCAUCAUCAGAACAACAAUGUUCAACAAAACUUCAAAUACCAAAGUAAAAUUUCAAGACCAACAGCUGGAUGACUAUGUUCUCGAGAAUUCAGUUCUAAAAAGCAAGCUUCAAAGUAAAGUGGAUGCUCUACUGAUAAUGAGCAAGGAGUUAGACAAGUGUAGCAUGGAAAGAGACCGCUAUAAGCUCCUUGUGGAACAGUUAAAGUGUAAAAAAAUUACUGAUAGCCAACCAGAAAACAAUGGAGUGUACAGAUUCAUGCCUACUAAUACUAUCAGCGGGGGAGACUUGCUGACUAAAACACGCGACCAUAAUACUAUACUUAAGUUAGAGGUGGAAAUGUUGCGCAGUAAGUUAGAGGAGGCCACUGGUGAUAUUGUGGCUCUAAGGAAACAGUUGAAAGAUACUACAUUAGAGGACCUCCAGGGAAACAAUAAGACAUUUGCAAACCUCUCCUGUUCUAACAAAGACUACGAGCAGCUUGUGCAAGAAUUGGAAAAAUUCCAGAAGAAGUUUCAACAACUCCAGUUAGACUAUCGAGCAACAUUAGAUGAAAAAGAAGAAUUAUAUUCUGACCGUGACUACUACAAAAACAAAGUACAACGAUUAAACCAACAGAUUAGCUAUAUCCUGUCAAAUAGAGUCAAGCCACAGUCUAAUGAUAAUGAUAGUAAUGUCGACCCUCCAAAGCCAAUAGUAGAUAUUGAUGCUGUAGUCAUGGAAAAUAAAUAUCUCCAUGAGAGAAUCACACAGUUGCAAGUGGAAAAGGAGAUUAUAAAGAGGACUUUAACAAAAUACAAGACACUGCUUGAUAAUAGACAUAAAAAUGAUUCUUUGAAUCUGAAAAAAGGAUUUACUGAUGUGAUGACACAGAAACAAUUAAGGGAAUUUUUGGAUGUAAAUUCAAAGACAGGAAUGAAAAGAAGUUCGGCCACAGAACUAAAGUCAAUAUGUCUUGGAUUAUUUGAAGCUCUCAAUGACAAAUCAAUAGCCUUGCAACACCAAAGGAAAACAAAUCAAAUAUUAGCAAACAGAAUAACUGAAUUGGAAAAGACGUUAGAGAGUUGGUGCAAUGGACAGAAGUACAUUCCAAUAUUCCCGUCUCAGAUGUUGCUCGAAGAAUUUCUUCCUGACACUGUCUCCAUUAAAUCUGAUGAAACCAAAGAAAAAAACGUCAGAUCUCAAGACAGCUCGGACAACAUCAAGAGGUUCUCUGAUAUUGAUGAUGAUGUGAUAAAAGAUAAUAGUGAUAAUUCUUCUGGAGAAAGUAGAAGUAAUUCUGAUGAGAAUUAUCAAUUUAGUGGUCUAAAUGAAAACUCCAUGACAGUUUUACCAGUAGAGCUUGAAGAACUAGUGAAAGAAGCUUUGGCUGAAUUAAAAACUGCAAACUAAAGUUUGGGAACAUUAAACAUGGCUGUUGAAUGCUAGAAUUAAUAUAUCAUAAGUUAUUACACAAUCAUUCCAAAGAAUUUUCUAGUCUAUUAUAUUGUCUAGUCAUUGUUUAUAUUUGUUCAAAGAUAUUUUAUGUAGGUGUAAUUAUGACAUUAUACAAUUUGAAUGAAAUAAAUAUGUUUAUGCAAAA